GUAGCGUUUCACAUGGUCGCGGGACCAUCACAAAACACCAUGCGAAGGAUGGCAGAGGAGAUACAACCUACCAAUGAGCAGAGCUCCUGGAUUUUAAGUUGGCUCCCCUCCUGGUGCCCCACUUCUCCCUCUCAGCUGAAAGAUGCAGAGGAAAAAAUGCUCAAGAAUGUGAAGCAGCCGUUCUCCCGGCAACACGUCCGCAUAUCCAACAGAAACUAUCUGUGGACCUUAGCGUUCUUUAGCCAGCCACGCUCGCCCCCCGACCCCCCCGCCCGGACCAGAUCCCCUCUGGUCCUGCUGCACGGCUUCGGAGGCGGGGUCGCCCUUUGGGUCCAGAACCUGGACUCUCUCUCCAGCGGCAGACCCGUCUACACUCUGGACCUGCUGGGCUUCGGCAGGAGCAGCCGGCCCCAGUUCAGCACCGACCCGCAGGGCGCCGAGGAGCAGUUUGUGGACGCGCUGGAGGAGUGGAGGGAGAAGGUGGGACUGGAGGACAUGGUGCUGCUGGGACACAACCUGGGAGGAUACCUGUCUGCCGCCUACACACUCAAAUACCCACACAGGGUAAAACAUCUGCUGCUGGUGGAGCCGUGGGGUUUCCCGGCGCGUCCAGAGAACCCCAACCACAACUCCAUCCCGGUGUGGAUCAGAGCCAUGGGGGCCAUUAUGAGCCCCUUCAACCCUUUGGCUGGACUCAGACUGGCCGGGCCUCUAGGUCCAAUGCUGCUCCAGACCAUCAGGUCUGACUUCAAGCAGAAAUACUCUUCCGUGUUCGACGACAACACUGUACCCGACUACAUCUACCACCUGAAUGCCCAGACGCCGAGUGGAGAAAGCGCCUUCACGUACAUGACCAUCCCCUACGGCUGGGCGAAGAGGCCCAUGCUGGAGCGGAUCGGCCAGGUCCAGGCCGACAUCCCCGUGUCCUUCAUCUACGGCUCGCGCUCCAGAAUCGACAGCGACUCUGGAUACGCGUUCAAGAAAAUCCGACCCGAUGUGCAAAUCAAUGUGAUCAGAGGAGCUGGCCAUUAUGUUUUCGCCGACCAGCCCGAUGACUUCAACCAGACGGUCAAUCGGAUCCUCGCAGGGAUGGAGGAGCAAGGCCACGAGGAGGGAGUGAAGCAGUGAGCGCUCCCUCAUUCAGACGACACACACACACACACACACACACACACAAACACACAGGAGGGCAAUGGGCUUGUCGAACCCACAGCCUUUACUGUGAGCCUCUUUAUCAUGCACUUUACUCCUGAGAGAAAACUAUCACUGACAAAGGACGCUUCCCUCAUUUCUUGAGGGGUCAAAGGUAAAACAAGGCCACACAUUUCUUUAUCCAAGUUUUUGUGAAUAAAUCUGAAAUGCUG